AAAUGAAUCUAAUGAUGCAGAUCGUCGUCUGAGUGAAGCGGCUGUGUGUGACUCCAGAGGAAACGAGCAUGGGAUCUACAUUAAAAAAUGCCUUUGCAUCUUUACGUGCCAUGCGUGUGUACUCCACACCCUGACUCUCAGCAAAACAGAGGCAAGGGAGGACUGAGCGAUGUUGGACGCGUUAUUAUUGCAACCGACGGGACGGUGAAACAAAUUGGAAGACGCGAGAGCUGACGUAUUGAUUCCUAAGCUAACAGCAGCUCGUCUCCUGCCCUCGGCCUGACCUCAUGGAUCCCAGCGGAAGUGAACUGGACUCCAGCCUGCCUCAGCCCGAGAACCCGUGUCUGAUCGUGGAGGACUCCCAGCCGGACAGCGUCGCCCUGGAAGACGAUCCCGAGAGCAGCUACCGAGCUCUGCUGGCCCGUCGCCUGUCCAGCCUGCAGCCCACCGCCCGCAGCCCGGUUCUGGAACUGAUUUCCUCCCCACUUGGAAGCCGAAGCUCCCAGACUGACAGCCAAUCAGAGAGCUCCCAGAGUAACAACCAGGCUGACCCCGGCAUUCUAACGUCUGCUGACCCCAGUUCAGCAUUCCAGGAGGAGAGUCAAGUUCUCAACAUCUGCCCUCCUCCGAACAAGAAGAAGUGUUCACCAGAGGACACGGACAUGGAGUCUGGAGCUGAUUCCACAACACACUGCAUUCAGUCUGAGGAGGGACACUCUCAGUUUGGUUUCCUGGAGCUCUCUCAGAGUCAAGAUCUGCGCGGUGAGGUGAUGAACAGUCGGGAAGAAGAAGAAGAAGAAGAAGAAGACGACACCGUGCCUCAGCCAGACAGUGAGAGACGCACCAAAUUAGCGGCGGAGCAGAACGUCAGCCCCAGGACUUCAGAGAGUCGGGACAACAAGGCAGUGAGAUCAGAGGUGAGCUCCAGCAGCUCACUGGAGUCUCCGGGUCAGUCCGGCAGGCAGCUGAGUGUUCAGGCUCUGCUGCACUCACAAGGCCUCCAGGCCUCGUCUGAGCAGGACCAGCAGGACUGUGAGAUCCUGUCCUCACAGGAGGACAUGUUUGACCCUGACAAGACAGGCGCUGCAGUCGACAGCACCGUGUCUGAGCCGGAGCAGCAGGGUCCGCCCACGUCGACACCAGCCAGCACCCUGCGACUGCUGCACCUGUCCGGACAGGGAACACUGGUGCAGGAGAGUCUGUCACAGAGCUCUGUUGACUACGUCGCUCCCACUCCAGACAACUUCUCCCACACGCCUUUAAUUGUUCCCAGCUCACCAACCGAAGCAGAGAAUGAACACGGUGCUGAUGAACCGAUGGACACUUCUCUGCCCCCUGAAGACCGAGCAGCGGAAAAAGAAGAACCGAUGGACACGGAGGCCGCCUCUAAGCCACACCCAUCUGCUUCUACUCCUGUAUCCCAGAAUUCCCCUGGUUUUGUGUUGGAGCGAACCCUCUCGAUUCCCUCCCAGCCAGAGUUCUCCCAUGACGUGUUCAUCCCGACGCAGAGUCAGGAGGCACCGCAGCAGUCAGAAAAGAAGACGGAGUCACAGUCUCAGCGUCUUGACUCGGCUCCUUUCAGUUUGCCUUUGCAGCUCUCGGUGAACACUGAGAGCAACAGUCCAGCUCAGCAGACGCCUCAACACCAGGAGGAGGACAGCCAGGCCACGCAGAUAGAAGACCUGGAGGAGCCGCCCGGCGCCGACACCAGCGACUCUGUGACCUCACACAGCGAUCAGAGGAGCAAGAGCAACGGUGUCCCGCCAGAGUCACAAACUGCCACCAGUUCCAAAGCUUCCACGUCUUCUGAAACAGCAAAGCAUCGCAGCGAAUGUGCCAAGGACGAGCAGUCCAAGACCAACCCGUCACAGAAGUCUGACCUGCACAAAACGACUUCUUUGAAUGUACAAAAUGUGAAUGUAAAAGACACAAAGGAGGCGAGCUCUGCUGACGUUGUAUCCUGCUCUCAACCAAAGUUUGAUUCCUCGGAUCUGACUGUGAACAGCUGUGUGCAGGAGACUCUUUCAGACACGACGCCCUGCAGUUUGCCCUCUCAGUCCAUGAUCUCUCAGACGUCUGCUGUGGAUGUGGUGAAGAGCUCUGUAGACUCGAGAGCAAAGAGUCAGUCUGUAGAAUCAUCCUCACAAAAGUGUGGAGCUGUUGGAAACAGUCAAAGAGUCAAAGACAUGAUGGACGAGCGUGACCAGGGUGAAGCAGAAGAGGAGGAGGAGGAGGAGGUGAUGGAGGAGGAGGAGGAGGAGGAGGAGGAGGAGGAGGAGAACACAGUGGGAGGCAGGGCUUCAGGAAUGGCUCUGCUUCUCUCCCAGAGCCAGCUGUUGUCUCCUGAGCCCAUGGAGGAGGACAGUGAGGACAGAGGAGAGGACAGUGUCAUCGUCGUCACAGACAGCGAGCGAGACUCUCAGAUCCUUCAGAAGGAUGUGACGCCGCAGUCGAAGGCCAACAGUUCCCAGCCAAUCAGAGACAAAGUGACUGCUUCCACCAACGGCCACGAGUCCCAGGCUCAGGUGAAGAAGGUGCACGUGGAUUCUGAUAGGCUGUCUCAGACUGAGAAGACGGGACCAGAACCAGAGGGGCUCAAAGAUAAGAGCCUGAGUGACAGCUCGGGAGAGAUUUCGUUCCACUUCACACUUCCUAAAGAAGGCGAGCUGAUUGGUCCUGUCGUCGGUGCCACGCCCCCUCUAAUCAACCAGCUGAAGCAGACGCUGAGACACAGCACUCCCAUCGAGAUCACUUCCUUCAACGAUAAGUCAAAUGUGGCGAGCGAUGUGUCUGCAGAUGUGGCGAUGGCGGCCAGUGCCAUCACGUCGGGGGACAGCGGGGAGGACACGGUGGAGAAGGGAGACGGGAAGCUGAGUCUGAGGAUGAAGCUGGUGACUCCCGUGGAAGAAGGCAGCUCGGAGCGCUUCAGCCUGCAGAAGCCAACACUAUCAGAAGAGGUUGGAUCUGGGAUCAAGGCUACCACCGUUGCAAAGGCUGUAACCAGCAGCCCGUCAGUGUUCAGUCGUGUCAGGCAGGUGCACAGGCAGCAGGACGCAGAGGACGACACCACACCUGUCAGAGGGGAUCUCUUCGCCUCGCCGCAGAGGAGCUCCCAGGCGUCCUCGCUGGGAUGCAACAGCCUUCCAAACAGCCAAUCGGAGCCGUCGCAACAGGAAGCGCUGGCUACAUCGCAGGAGAACCCCAAGGAUCGUCCCGGCCCUGCAGAGCAGUCGCAGGGCGGGCGAGGACCACCUGAAGCUCCGGAGCAGCCCAACACUAUCAGGACAGAGGCCAGGCAGAGGGUCUCCCAGCAGGUCUUUGACAACAGCAUCAGCUCCAGUCCGUCCAAGCUCCGUCAGCGGACAGUUUCCCAGCAGACCAGCUUCGAUGCUCCGGGGCUGCGCUCCCCAGCUGGCAGGGGUGAGCGAGAGACUCCGUCCUUCAGAAGAAACACAGGCCCCUCCCACCGCAGACACGUGCGCACCAUCCAGGAAGUAAGGACCACCAUCACACGGAUCAUCACAGACGUGUAUUAUGAGGACGGCAAAGAGGUGGAUCGCAAAGUCGUGGAGGAGAGCGAGGAGCCAGUGGUGGACUGCCAGGUGUUGGACAGCGACAUCUCUCCGUGCCGCACAGGCAGCAGCUCCGUGACCUCUGGUGACCUGGCUGACAUCAGCUCUCUGUCCUCCAAGGCGUCCAGCCUGCAGCACAGUUCUGGAGGAACCAGCGGCAGCACGAGCCUCAGCAGGCCAGACUUCAUCAUGCCGCCCAGCCGAGGAGCCAAAUCCAUCAGUCCCAGGAGGGGAGGCGGGCAUCAACAGAGGGGUCACAGGGGUCACAGGGCAGGGUCAGUGUUCGCAAUGGACAGAGGCUUCGGCACCCCGGGGUCCCGGGCCUUCGUCCCACUGAGCCCCAGAGGACGGGCCAGAAGGGGCCGGCCUCCGUCCCGCUCCCCCAUGUCCAGGAGAGGUGGAGGUGGUGGUGGCUCACUGCAGAGGCUUGACGGUCCGUCACAUUACUCCUCGGAGGACGAGCCCUUCACCCGCAUGCUGCCUCCACGCCUCCCCACCAGCCCCACAGACGCCGAGCUGCCCAGCCACUCCGACUCCCUCAGGUCAUCGUCGGAGGAGGCGAGCUCGGCCGGGAGCAGCUUCGUCGGCCUGCGGGUGGUGGCCAAGUGGUCGUCCAACGGCUACUUCUACUCGGGCCGCAUCAUCAAAGACGCCGGCGAGGGGAGAUUCCGACUGAGGUUCGAUGAUGGUUACGAGUGUGAGGUGGCGGGGAAGGAUAUCCUGCUGUGUGAUCCCAUUCCCCUGGAGACGGAGGUCACCGCUCUGCUGGAGGACGAGUAUUUCAGCAUAGGUGUCGUCCGGGGCCAUAAGACUGAGGGGCAGGACUUGUUCUACAAUGUGGAAAAGGACGGUCAGAAGCAGUGGUACAACCGGACCGCGGUCAUCCUGUCUCUGGAGCAGGGCAACAAGCUGAGGGAGCAGCACAGCCUCGGGCCCUACGAGCCCUCCACUCCCCUGGCAAAGGCCUCCGACAUCAGCCUGGAUAACCUGGUGGAGGGGAAGAGGAGGCGCAGAGGAGGCCCCGCGGGUGAGAACACUCCCAACCGCGGCUCCUCCAGCAGCCCCCGGACCCCCGGCACCUCCAGCAAGAGGAAACUGAUGAGCUCCGAGGACGACAGGACGCCGGCCAAGAGAGGCCGCAGGGGCGCCAGAGCCGCUCAGCGGGUCGGUGUGUGUAACACCUCCGGCAGCGGCACAGAUCUCCCCGGUCGGUCUUGUGACGUGGCAGAGACUCACGGCCCGCUGCCCCAGAACACGUCUCUCUUCAUGGGCUUUGCCUUCAUGCUGACCGUCUCGUCCGAGUGCGACCGGCUGACCAACAAGCUCAGCAGCGACGAGGAGGAUGAAGGCGAGGAUUACGUGCAGACAGGUCCGUAUAACAAAACAUACACAGAGUCUCAACUGCAGGCAGGUGGAGGCUUCAUCCUGCCGGACUUCAACGAAGAACAGUGUAAGGCUGCUUACCAGAGUCUGCUGAUCGCAGACCAGCACUGUCGCACAAGAAAGUAUCUGCUGUGUUUGGCCAGCGGGGUGCCGUGUGUGUCGCACAUGUGGGUGAGAGACUGCUGCAAAGACAACAAGCUGCUCAACUACAGGAACUACCUGCUGCCGGCUGGUGUGGGGCCGGACGACUCCAUCGUAGAAUGGCAUCCCCGCUGCAGCCCGUUCAAGGCUCUGCGGGUCCUGCUGGUGUUUGAGAAGCCGGUGGAGCUGUGGGCGCAGCUGAUCACACUGGGCGGAGGCUCGUCUGUCCGACAGUUCCAGACCGACAAGGACAGUUCAGACAUUCCUGCCGGAAAGUAUGACGUCGUGGUGACAGACCGUGCCUGUCCACCAUUGGUAGAGAAAAAUGUGACAUCACAGGAAGUCCCGCUGGUGUCUCCUGAGUGGCUCAUCCAGAGCGUCAUCCGCGGAGAGUGCCUGGGUUUCCACAGCAAGCCUCAGUAUCGCCAUGACUACUCGUCAUAAUCCGACUCUACACGUGCAAAAUGCCUUCGACCAUGUUAAAUGUUCAUUACGGCGCCCCCUCAGGGUCACGGUGCAGAUUUUUUUAGGACUUGUUCUGUGUUCCAACGUAAUCAUGUUCUCCUUCAGUUCCUCCUGAGCAGCGUUAUUAUGGAUCAAACACAUCGACCUCUCCUGCGAUCAGUGUGUUUGAUUAAUUACGACGCAGCUCAGAAAGAACUGACAGAAAAAAAACAUUGUGGGGAAACGCAAAAAUGAUCAUGACGUAACACAAAAGUAGUCCGAGAAAAAUUCCCCCCAUGACCCUCAGAGGUCUCCGUAGUUCAGCAUUAGUUCUGUUGCAUGCCUCUGCUGUAUAUACCUUUAUCCUGUCUGUUUUUAUGGGAUAAUAAACUGUGACCCUUGUUUCA